AUGCUUUCAAUGCUGCAGAAAAUCGAGAAACUCGCAGCUGAAGGAAGGUUGAGAGAAGAUAAUAUGCAAGAAAUAAUUAGCGGCUUCAAGGAAGCUAUGCAAGAGGGGAUUGAGAAAGAGGAGCGGGUGUUUAUGGAGCUUCAUGGUAUCCGGGUACUGUUGGGAGAAAGGAUGGGGGGAGAAGUCGAGGACGGAGAAGAAGAAGACUUUCAAGAGAAAAAAGAAGGGAAAAAAGAGGUAGACAGGGAGAAGAAGAAAGGGGAAGAGGCUGGGGCAGAACAAGUAGAAUAG